AUGAAGACUUCUGGGGGAACUGCAAGUGGGACAACAUUCAUCGAUUUAGAGGACGUGAAGGUCCCGGUUGAAAACCUUAUUGGUCCGGAAGGUCAAGGAAUGAAGAUGAUUACUCGGAAUUUCAACCACGAGAGAUUAGCCAUCGUCAUUGGCAUCGUUUCUUCAGCCAGAGCAGCUCUAUCAGCAGCGUUUAGCUACGUAUCAAAGCGUGAGGCUUUUGGCAGCCCCCUCAUGGAGCAACCCGUUGUUCGCAAUCGUCUGGCGAGGGCUGGAGCUGAGCUGGAGUCUCUUUCUGCAUGGGCUGAUCAAUUAGUCUAUCAAAUGGCGAACCUCGAAGGCCAAGAAGCACGCCAGCAGUUGGGAGGUUUUGUGGCUCUCGCAAAAGCAAAGGCGGGACUCGUUCUUGACGAGUGUGCGAGGUGCGCUGUCCUGUUGUUUGGAGGUAACGGAUAUACCCGCACGGGCCAGGGCGAGCUUGUGGAGAAGAUAUAUCGUGAGAUUCCCGGGGCGCGCAUACCUGGUGGCAGUGAAGAUGUCAUGUUUGACCUAGCUGUACGCCAGCUGCUCAAGACUUAUCGUGCUAAGUCGGAGGCUUUGAAAACGGAUAAAGCCAAAAUUUGA